AUGACAGAAAGAUCAGAGAAGUUGAAAAAGAUAUUGGCAAAAUUUAAUUGGUCAUCUACAUCCACCAAUAAGCCAUCUACAUCCAAUGGGGAGAAGAUGGACAAGGAAAUGAAAAAGGUUUUGUUACAAAGAGAAGCUGAUGUGGAUAAGGCUUAUAAGGAUUUUGCUUUCCAACGAAAACUUCUAGACAAUUAUUGGGACGACAUUGACCGUAAAAACAAUUGGAUCAUAACUACUAGGCAAGAAAUCCAAUAUACCGAGAGUUCGAUCCGCUCUGGUGAAGAAAUUGUUCGAAAGCUAAAGAAUGAAUUAGCACUUCAUGAGUAUAAUUUGGAGAAAACAAAAAAGGAAGUCAAUGCUAUGAAAAAAGAGUAUCCAUACGAGUUUUCGAUGUGGGAAGAAGAUGAGUAA